AUGGAGCGUCUGGAGCUUCUUGUCGCGGGUGCGAGACCAGAACGCCUCGCUGGUCGGGUACGGCAAGAUCCAGUGAGUUCGGAUCCACGUAUCUUGGAGCCGCCGGCGCCAGGCCCGGGCUUGCCGCAUGCCGUGCGUCUGCGCGAUGAUUCCGUAACACUGUCGGUAGAGGAUCCGGUGGGCCACUUUGAUAUAGGUCUUCUGCGCGAAGUGAAGGUCGUCUUCGAGAAUCCCACCCUCAAAGACCGACCGAACCCCCGUUACGGUCAGCGGAACGUUGCCCGACUGGGCGGCGGCGAUCUGUCGAGAGUUAAGGGGCUGGGUGGUCUUGCGAUGGGUAAGGUGCCGGAAGACUUCCUGGCGGAAGGCUCGAAGACAAAGGUCGCACAGAAAUUGAAGGAGCAACGCCGAUCGAUCGAGAUCGAGAUGAUGCUCGCGGAGGUCAAAGAACGGGUGGGGGCUCUGGGGUCCGGGGAGCGGAACAGAGUCCAGGCGACGCUGCUAGAGGAUCGUAUCCAUCGCCACCAAGACGGCGCCGGUGACUCGAUAUUCCUCGCGGGUGCUAUAGGAGCGAGACCGACAGCCCUGGAGGGCGGCAUAGCAGCGCUGCUUGGUGUGGAUGUACGCGCGAAUCAGGGCCAGAGGGGAGUGACUGAUAGCGCCACCAAUAUGCUGCUACGAGCGGAGCAUACUAGGGUCGAUCGCAAGAGUAUCAAGCCGUGGAUUUGCGAAAGGAUAGACAUUUCCCGCGGCGAAAACUUCCUUGGACGUGUUGUAAAGCUAGCCGUAGAGCAAGCCUCGUUUCCGGAGGGUGCUACGUCUGAAGGGCGCAAUGCGCGUUCCGUAACGGUGGGUUCCGCGUCCGUUGGCUCUUCCCCGGGAGAUGAUUCAUCUGGCGAGUCAUCGUCGGCAUUCCUGGCCGGCUCGGGCGAAUCGAGACGGGGCUCCGAUACGGCCCGGGCCGAAGACCUAUCCGAUAGAGAUCCUGAUGCCGCCGCGCUUUGGGCCAAUUGGCGAGAGAAACUAUCGAGGCAGCAACGCCGCUAG